UAAACCUCGUUCAAAUGUCAAGUCUUCUAAAAAUAUGCACGUCUCACUGCGGAAAUCAAAACACUGAUGCUCAGAAAUCGAGCAGAGGAGUAGAUUUUCAGCCUAUGUUAGGUCGUUAUCUGCUUGUUAACGAUAGCAUACGACUAAAGUCAGAUUAUUUCGCCUGCUUCAGGAUAUAAAUGCAAUGAGCGUCCGUAACCGUGUUCGUAAGUCAUUUUCAAAAUCGUUAAAGGGUAAAGCCUGCAAAUUUCGAUUCACGGUCACCUAUGAAUAUGUGGACUUAAAAUGCAACAACAGAUGGCAGCCUUCUUGCUUGAGCAUUGUUUGGUUCAGAAGUCACCGAUCCAAAGUAUCAGAAAAGCCCACUUCAAAAGUGUCAAUUACAGAUGAAAAGACAGGAAUUGUUAGUUAUGCUGCCAACUGGUUUCCACCCAACUCCGUGGACUUGGUUGUCACACUUUACAAGGAUUUUACUGGAGUCAUGUUUAGGAAGAAAGACUACAUGUUUGUCCUUGAAAAUGUUACUGCAGAUGCAAGGAAGAAACUUGCUAUUUUUCCUUGUAACAUGGCAGAUUAUGCCUCUCUUGACCAGGAAAUAUUUGACUUGGAGAUGGAAUUCAAACCGCUCUCCAAGAAGAUUAUAUCUGCAAGGAUUGGAGCAAAAGUAAGAUGUGAAUUUAUAAAGGAGGGAAGAGCAGAUGAGGAUGAUAUGCAAAGCAACUUUAGUCAUCUGAGUGAUGCAGAAUUCAAGUCAAGGCUGUCUGAGCUGGAAGAAUGCAGUGAUGAGGAGGAAGAAGAAGAAGAAGAAGAAGAAAACAGUAAACCAAGGGAAUCAGUCAAAUUGGCUGACCGUUCAAAACACACAUGGUCUCAGUUUAUUGAUGAAAUGAAAACACUAGAGUACAGAAAUGUGGCCAUGCUGGGAAAUCCUCUGGCAGAUGGUACAGUCAGUGACAUCAACCAAGCCUCUACGGAUGAUGCAUUGGUGCCUCAAGAAACGACAUCAGAAGAAGCAGACAGCAAAAGCAACAAAGCUUUGGAAAGAAACAGAGACAGAAGAAAAAUUGUCAGUGCUGCCAUAGAAGAUUUAAAAGAAUCAACGAUACCAGAAGAAGAUGAGGAGGAAGACAUAGAGAACAUCUCCAUCAACAUGUCUAGUUCGGCGUUAUCAUCACUGAGUUCUUUCAAAAACAAGUUUCAGUUUUCAUUCUCUGGAAAGAACAAGCGGAGGUCAUCAGACUCUUCGUCCGUAGAGCUACCUGGAAAUAUCGAGACCAUGUCGUCUGAAACUAGUGACAAGAGAGUUUCUGAUUGGCUGCAGGAAAAUCCUCAUGAAGAUGGCGAUAGUCAACUAAGAGUCGAGCAACUCGAGAAAGAUAAUAUGAACUUGAGAACCGCUUAUCAAAAGCUUGUAACCAAGGUAACUGACUUAGAAAAAGAGAAGACGGACAUGCAGUCUGAAUUGGAACAGCUGGGGAUAAUGGCAGAUUUUGCAAAGUCAGACUUUGUCAGGGAAAGGGAUGAAUUACAGGCAGAAAUUACCGAGCUACAAAUGUUAGUUGAAGACUUGAGGAUGCAGCUUGGAGAAGCAGAAUCCAAAUUGUUAGAUUCGUCAGAAAAGGAAGUUGUAAAAGAAAGUUUUGAAUUGUGUGAAGUCCGUGGCUGGUUAUGCAAGAGAGGCGUAAAAGGCCUCACGGGACGGAAAUGGAGACGCCGCUGGUUUUCAACCGACAAGGAUAGCAGGCUCUACUAUUAUCAAAAAAACAACAACACAUCACCAAGAGGCUUUAUAGAUCUUGAUGUAAUUAUUGCCGUCCAAGACCAGCCUCCCUCACAACAAGACAUUAACAACGCUUGCUUCAAUGUGGUGACUCCCACAAGAACUUACGAGCUUAUGGCGCAGGAUGAACAAGAAAAGCUUAGGUGGAUCAAUGCUUUGGAUUAUCUCCGCCAUUGGAGAAACCGUUUGGCACCCUCCAACGAAAACAAAUAAUAGCAUCCUCGUUGAUCUUCUUAUGGCUACCUAUCUGUUUCUAAAAGAAUAUAUAUAAUUUGGAAGAAAUAGAUUACAGUUCUGAACAAUUUAUAUAGAGCUAUUUUUUUAGUCAGAAUGAAAGAAAAAUACGGAACUUAAGAAAAAAUAUUUUGUUAGUAGUCCUUUUGAAGAUCUCGGGUUAUUUUCUGAAAUUUUCGAAAAAAGCUGCACAUCAUUGUUGUGCGGCCAGGAUAACCUCGAUAAGAAAAGAAACCCCCCCGUCAGACCCUCAGGGUCUGACAAUGAAGAGGAACCUUAUUUGAAGGCGUUUGCAGAACCACAGAGGGCGCGUGUAUUGAAAGCUGUUCCGGAAGUGGUAACCCCUAAUUACAAUAUUUUCUUGGUUAAAGUGGUGCUCUCAAUUGGUGAUAUCAUUUUCACUUUUACUGCUUUGAAGGGAGUGAUAAGUUACGAAAUGAGGCAUAGUUAUUAUAUAGAUAUUGAUGAAAUACCAGAAUUGGGGAUAACUACAGAAUACAGGGCCACUGAGAUCCACCUGGUCGGCAUGCUUUGAAGAACAGAGUAGAACACAAAAGGAAAGUAAGGUGAUUCCAUGAGAUGUAAAUAAAUGGCCUUGUCUUUUGUAGUUUCACCCAGAGUUGCUCCAGUUUCAAAGAACGUGCAUUCACCGCGCGCACAGGGGUGAACGUUCUGUAUUUACAUUUUUACUGGCGAAGAUAUUUGUGAGUUUAAUUGAUUUAAAAACAUUGCUACGGUUGGAUUCAACCUUUUAAGAAGAAAACAGUUUUUUGUGAUGUGCACCAGUUGUUUUUUUAUGUCAGAAGUUGAAGAAGCUUUACUUGAAGCUCAGUUUAUACCAGGUGCUCUUAGAAUGUGUUUAAAAGUUGUCUUUCAUUUAAAGAUUACCCAGCCCGCUUUGCAAAGAUGCACAUGGACAUAGGAAAAAUUCUACACUGGUCUGCGCUUGUCUCUACUUUUGAGUAGGAUUACUCCUGUUCAUAGGAGAAACAUAUUAAUGGAAUAAACCAUAAAAAUUACAAUUUCUUUAGUUCCGAUUGGUUUAAAAAGCUCCUAUUUUCUACCAAAUCAUUUUUCAAGUUGAUAUCGGACAGUUCAAUAACUCAAUCAUCCAAACUUUUAGUUUAAAUCAACCAAUUACAGCCUUGAUUUCUUUUAACGCAAAUAUUCCCUUGCUUUUUCUUUUUUCGAGAAUUGUAAUUUUUAUGUUUACUUGGCAAUGAGAUUUCGUUUCGUCCAAUUCGGUCUGUAAUCAUACUCGUGAUAACCCGCUGUGCGAUGGUCCGACUUUGUUAUCACUUAAUUGUAUGAUAACAGAUAGAAAUGGACUCCACUCAGUCCUAUUGCCAUUACUUAAAGUAUAGAACUUGUUUUCGUUUUGGAAACGUCAUUUAUUUACGCAAAAUAAUAUUAGAAGAAGAAGUCAGAAUGCUUCACCAUUUACUCGUAAUAUAUUUGGAAAAUAUUAUUUGAGGCCUCUGUCAUGUUUCAGUAGAUUAAUGUAUCCGAAAUAUCCUGUUAUUAAGAGAAUGCUCGGAAACAAGGAAACUUGAAAAAAGAAACGUUGCGUCGAUAGGACGCCCUUGAUUAUUUGAUAGGUAGACCAGCCUGUUUUAAUUUCAAUACCCAUUCGUCAACUAGUUACAUAAAAUCUUAGAGAAAUAUAGUCAUCAUUUAAUAUGUUCUUUCUAUUCUUGCGAGAGACGGGAGUUGGUGCUGUAUUCAAAGAUUGAUGUUCACUUCGUAAUCAAAACGGUCUUGAUAACAACAUAAUCCCAUCCUCGUCGCCAAUGUAAUGUUCUGGAGUUCGCUUAUACAGUUCGCUUACCGUUCGCCUAGUUUGUUCGUUAGCCAAAAAAAUCUCACCCCGUUCUCACUUACAGCGCUUAAUAAAUACUACGUCUCCUGGGGCCGAGUGCGUGGACUUGGAGGCCUGAACACUACAACCUGAAUAUAAUAGAGCUAGUUUUUUUGACGUUAAGAGAUAACUUAUUUACCAUCAGCCAGUUGCUCAUUUCUUAACUCCUCCGCAUUAAUUGUUAAUUCAGGGGAUCUCAAACUCAUAUCACCAUAAAGCAAGUUGGUGUCAAUAGCAAAUAAGAAAAAGCUUAGUCUUUCAGAGGAGGUAUAGAACUGAUUCCAUUUAUGAACAACAAGAACAGUACAACAAGAACAGUUGAGGUCCCAAGACUUGUGGGAGAUCAUGACACUCUCUUCAAUGUAGCUGUGCGUGCCGACCUAAGUAAUUUGGUUGUCGAUCAUUUAGAUAACCAGAUCUUGACUGCUCCAUGGACUCCGUAGUGUUCGAGUUUUUGCAGUACGAUUGAGUGGUUGACUGUGUGAAAUAUCUUUUUUAGAUAAAUAAAAAUGCCACUGGAGAAUAG